GGCCUAAAACCAAUUCGAAGAUGGACAUACGGCCAAACCACACACUUUACAUCAACAACGUUAAUGACAAAAUUAAGAAGGAAGAACUGAAAAGGUCUUUAUAUGCGCUGUUUUCUCAGUUUGGCCACGUCGUGGACAUUGUGGCUCUGAAGACGAUGAAGAUGAGAGGACAGGCCUUUGUGAUCUAUAAAGAGCUCGGAUCGUCCACCAAUGCCCUGAGGCAGCUGCAGGGCUUUCCGUUUUAUAGCAAACCAAUGCGCAUUCAAUAUGCAAAAACAGACUCUGAUGUCAUUUCGAAAAUGCGCGGUACAUUUGCCGACAAAGAGAAGAGAAAAGAGAAAAAGAAGUCGAAGCUGCUGGAACAGUCUGCAAACGCUGCCAACAAAAAGCCCAAUCAGGGAGCAAACCAGAAUUCAGCGAAUGCCCAGGCCAACUCUUCGCAGAACCAACAGGUGCCUGAUAAUCCACCAAACUACAUCCUUUUCCUCAACAACCUGCCAGAGGAGACAAACGAAAUGAUGCUUUCCAUGCUCUUUAAUCAGUUCCCUGGUUUCAAAGAAGUCCGUCUGGUUCCUGGCAGGCACGACAUUGCGUUUGUGGAGUUUGAAAACGACGGCCAGGCGGGUGCGGCACGGGAUGCCCUCCAAGGCUUUAAGAUCACUCCCUCCCAUGCCAUGAAAAUCACUUAUGCCAAGAAGUAAACCAGGAGGACUUGCUGAUGUUAUU